AUGCUGGAAGAUCCUUUCCCCGUAUUGGCUUACAGCACACCGGAGGAGCUAAUAAAGAUCAAUCCUCGAUGUGUAUCGCGCGAAAGACAAACCAGCAGGAAGAACAAGCUACCUAUACUCCGAUACACAUCGAGGACGCAGCUCAGGGGACAGGAAUGCGACCAUCCCUACCAUCCAACUUUCGACGGUUUCUACGCACGCGCAUCCCUACCAUUCGAUUUGCAUAUGUUCUCGGUGUCGCGCAGAUUUCGUCCUCCGUCUUAUGCUAUGCACGAUAGGACGUCUGCUUGCUGCGUUGAGUACGGAGCGAAAGCCUACCAGACCCUUACGGCCGAUAGUCCACCGCAGGCCAAGGAUCCCGGUGAUAGCAGUUCCAACUCUCGCCGACCAACCACAACCAGGACGGAGCAUAGCGGCAGUAUCUACGACUCCACCGGAGAUAGCGGUAGCAGCAGCACCUCGGCGCCGAAAACCUAUCAUCCGAGCCGUCUCAGCUGCUCAGAUACCAGCAGUCCGAUUACCACUUUGGCUACAGCAGGUUCCGGCACCACUAACACCACAACCGGGGAGUCCCCGGUGCCAGUAAGCAGGGCACCAUCGACACCGGAGCCAACUUCACCACCAGCCUCUCCGGUAGCCGGGACAUCCGGCAGCUUCUCUGAGGACGAGCCGAAAUCGAGGGUUUGCGAGGACAUCUUGCCGUGGACCCUGCGUGAGAUUCAGCUGUCUCCACCUAGACGAACGCGUCCACCCAGGGAUACCCUAGAUACCUGGGACAUUCGAACACGCCGCCUCACUAGUCCUCGACCGAAGAGAAGCUCGGCAACGCCGCCGCCUGGGAAUCGGUCGACACCCGCCGAUAAGGAAAACGUCGCGACCCAGACCAACAUCUCGUGGGUCGACGAAAAGACGCCUGGAGUAACAUCCGUCCACCAGGGGGCACACCAUCGCCUCCAGCCGCUUAAGGCGGCCACUAAAACUUCCACGACAUCAGCGCCGCCACCGGCGCUGCCUCCUAUAAAAGGAGACAUCACGACGACGAGCAACAGCAGUCAGCAGCAGCCAACGCUCCUGAUAACUCCAGCUCCGCUCUCGUCGAAGAUACGGCGCAACUCGCCGUUACAACACUCCUCACCACGACACGAAGGCGUCACGACAACUGUAUAA